AUGAGUUAUGUCGCCGGUAGGUUACUGUAAAAUGGUCUAAUUUAUUUUUUUUACUUUACGAAUUUUUGAUAUCUUUUUGGGUUCAAAUAAUUAUGUGCUCUUUAAGCCCUAUAGAUUUCUUUGAGAGGGGCACAGGAGUAUUUGAACAAUUUAACAUUCUUUUAUUUUGAAAUUUUUUUAGGCUUAUUUAAAAAUUAUUUAAAUCAAGAAUGCUGUUUUUUACUUGCUUUUUUAAACCUACUGUAACAUUUUUUGCAAUAUUUUUUUUAUUUUAUAAUUCUUUGGAUUGUAUGUUACAGCACUUGAUCUGGGAGGUUUAUUUGGCUUUGGUGACUCUUCAGAAUCGGCAGAAGAUUCGGCCGAAACAGGACCAACAGAAGCCUACACAGCAGCGUUCUUCUCCACAGAAGGUAGGCAAGCUUGGAAUAAAAUUAAAUGAUUUUAGUCAAUUUUAAUGUUUAUAACAUUUAAAAAAGUAUUUUUUAUUUUUUUCAAAAAACAUUUUUGUAAUUUUAUAGGAAGUGCAGAAUCAUCUGGUACAGAUAUUUACACUGCCGCGGUUUUUUCAACUGAAGGUAAUGUUUAUAAGAUUUCUUUUUAACGCAAUGAAGGUAUACUUUUUGUAUCUAUUAGAAACUUUACUCCACAUUUUAUUAGUCCUGGGGGCGGAAACCAAAAAAUGUUUUUUGGUUUACCAAUUUUUUGGUUUAGCCUGUUUGCCAUUUCCUAUCAUCUUUCAAAAAUUAUAUGCUUAAUCUAAAUCUUAAUCUUUGGUUGAUUUUUACAUUGUUCUACUAUAAUAUGUUCUUAUGGUUUUGAUUUUUACAGGCAGUGCUGAAUCUUCUGGAACAACCGAUAACGCAGGUAAGCCAUUUUCAAAUAUUAGGUUGAACUAAAGAGAGCGGGACACUUUUAGCUAAAAAAACAAAUUAAAAGUGUCCCGCUAGUUUUGGUUCAACCUAAUAUAGUGAUACUGCUGUAUAACUAACUUUAAACUAUUAUAACGAAGCAAUUUAAAGAUUGAUUUUGUUAAACAGGAGUCUCACUUUAAUUUUUAACUGUAAUAUACCAAAAUAUGACGGGAUUUAUAGAAAAAUCACAUUUUUGCGUAGUUUUAUUGUUUUUGAAGUAAACUGUCAAUCGAUUAUUUUAUUAUAUAAACGAUUCUUAAUAAACUUUACAUGUAAAAGAAUUGAUUAAAAGAUGUUAUUUUAAGAAACAACAACGGCAGAAGAUUCUACAGGCCAAUAUACAGCUGCAUUCUUCUCAACUGAAGGUACGAUUUUACUUUAUUUGCCAUAGCUUUAAUAUCAAAUAUUUUACAUUUACAACGUGUUCAAAAGGAUUAAAAGCUCAAUGUAUGCAGUUAUAUGUAGGUACAACAACUUUAAUAUAUCUAAUUGACUGUUCAUCUUUCAGGAAGUGCAGAAUCUUCAGGAACGUCAGAUGUGAGCGGUAAGUUCUAUUCUUAA